UUAUGGAUGGAGGGGAUGAUGGCAACCUUAUUAUGAAAAAGAAGUUUGUGUCAGAGGCAGAACUAGAUGAACGACGCAAAAGAAGACAAGAAGAGUGGGAAAAAGUUCGAAAGCCUGAGGAUCCAGAAGAAUGUCCAGAGGAAGUUUAUGACCCUCGAUCUCUCUAUGAAAGGCUGCAGGAACAGAAAGACAGGAAGCAGCAGGAGUAUGAGGAGCAGUUCAAGUUCAAAAACAUGGUAAGAGGCUUAAAUGAAGAUGAGACCAACUUCCUUGAUGAAGUUUCUCGGCAGCAGGAGCUGAUAGAAAAGCAACGGAGAGAAGAAGAGCUAAAAGAACUGAAGGAAUACAGAAGUAAUCUCAACAAGGUUGGAAUUUCUUCAGAAAGCAAAAAAGAAGUGGAGAAGAAAUUGGCUGCGAAACCCGUAGAAACCAAGAGCAAGUUCUCCCAGGCCAAACUGUUGGCAGGAGCAGUGAAACACAAGAGCUCAGAGAGUGGCAAUAGUGUGAAAAGGCUGAAACCAGACCCUGACUCUGAUGACAAGAAUCAAGAAACCUCCUCGUGUAUGUCUCUUGGAAGCACUUCUUUGAGCGGCCCCUCCAUCCACUGCCCCUCCGCUGCCGUCUGUAUUGGCAUUCUCCCAGGCCUGGGCGCCUACUCGGGGAGCAGUGACUCAGAGUCCAGCUCAGACAGCGAAGGCACCAUCAACGCCACGGGGAAGAUCGUCUCCUCUAUUUUUCGAACCAACACCUUCCUUGAGGCCCCCUAGCUGGGAGUCCUGACCACACGGCCCUCCUCCCUAGGAGUAGAUUGGACAGUUGAUUCUGCCGAGAGGCAUUGACUCCCUCCAAAAAACCUCCUCUGCCUGCUUGCUGUGCGUACCGUGACAUCACUAACCUAACCAAAGAAUGUGCCAGAAUCCA